AUGCUGCGCCGAGGAGUGGGCGCCCUGGGCUCCCAGCUCCCGGCGACCGCGGCACGUUGCCUCCGCCGCCCGCUGCCCGCGGCGAGGACGGCCGCCCGGCCUCUCCGCGCCCGCGCCCCGCGCUCCCAGCUCACUCGCUCCCGCGGCGCCCGCUGCGGCUUCUCCUCCUCCUCUUUCGCCUCCUCCUCUUCCUCCGGUUUCUUCUCCUCCUCCUCCUCUUCCUUCUCCUCCUCCUCCUCCUCUUCUUCCUCCUCCUCUUUCCCCACCUCCUCCCCCUCAGCCACUGCCUCCUCCUCCAACACCACUACCACUCCCUCCGGGGCACCCGGGUCCCUGCAGAGUCCCGGGUCGGCGCCGCCUCCGCUGCGGCCCCCUGGAUCCCGAGCCUGCAGCGCCCAAGCUGAUAGGACAGACGGACGGACAGAUUCCUCGCGCCUAGCGCUCCACGGCUGCUGCCACCCGCAGCCCCGCGUCGGGGGAACUGGGAUCGCCCCGGGAAGCACCUCGAGGGUGUUCGCUUGGCAAGGAACUCAACUAAUUCAGAAACCCUUCCAGCAAGGGGAUACGUUUUUCUAAGCAGCACAGGACUACAAACACAUCUGCAUUGACAAGUUGCAACUUAUAUCCUUCUAUGGUAUUUUUGCUCUUUUGAAAAUGUUAAUAAAAACUUAAUGUGGAAAAAAAACAACUUUUUCCAAAUAUGUGUACCAAUGGGCCUGAGGCGACUCAUACUUUCUUAUGA